AUGCCAGCCCCUAGCAUGGACUGUGAUGUUUCCACUCUGGUCGCCUGUGUGGUGGAUGUCGAGGUCUUUACCAAUCAGGAGGUUAAGGAAAAAUUUGAGGGACUGUUCCGGACUUACGAUGAAUGUGUGACGUUCCAGCUGUUUAAAAGUUUCCGACGUGUCCGAAUAAAUUUCAGCCACCCCAAAUCUGCAGCCCGCGCACGGAUAGAGCUUCAUGAGACCCAGUUCCGAGGGAAGAAACUAAAACUCUAUUUUGCACAGGUCCAGACACCUGAGACAGAUGGAGACAAACUGCAUUUGGCACCCCCACAGCCUGCCAAACAGUUCCUCAUCUCGCCUCCUUCAUCUCCUCCUGUUGGCUGGAAGCCCAUCAGUGAUGCCACACCAGUCCUCAACUAUGACCUCCUUUAUGCCGUGGCCAAACUAGGACCAGGAGAGAAGUAUGAACUGCAUGCGGGGACUGAGUCCACACCAAGUGUCGUCGUGCACGUGUGUGACAGCGACAUGGAGGAAGAAGAGGAUCCAAAGACUUCCCCAAAGCCAAAAAUCAUCCAGACCCGGCGCCCCGGCCUGCCACCCUCUAUGUCCAACUGAGCGUGACCAGGAUAAUAUGCAUCUCCUCUUAUUAUGCUUCCCCCCUUGUGGUUUGUCCAAAACAUUAAUUGCCUUUAAGUCCCUGGGUGUUUGGUUGUUUGCAAUCUCUUCCUUGUAAUUAAGCCUCUUGGACAAAAGGGCUAGGAAAAGGUGACAUGUCUCCCAAUCAACUCAUACCCAUUAACUAUAAUCCAUUAUUUAGAAAGUUCUAGAGAAAAAAGGUAGUAUUUUCUUAUUAAACAAUCAGGACAGGCUAUAUCUCUGUUCUCUCAUGUUGA